CAAGGCCUUUAAUGUCAACAUCAUUUCAACAGACGAAGAAUGUCGCCUGUCAAACGUUUGUUAGCGAGCUAAUGCUAACUCAGUUAUUUACAGUCACAGGGGUUUCUGUCAUUCCUGCGGAGCGCUUGGUACUGGCCACAAUGGAGCUGGUUUGGGAGGACCCUCCAGUCCCUGAUGGUCCUUUCUUCACCAGAGAUCUCUACGACAAAUAUUCUCUUGCACCAAAUAUCAGAGAACUGUGGGCCUUUCUACAAAGUCCUGCAGAGAAUGCCAACAUAAAACAGGGGCAUGAAGUUGGGGCUGCAAAAACCUCCUGCUCUCCCUCCACAGAAGGAGCCGGCGAGUUUAAAGACAGCAGUUGCAUCAGCAGCAAAGGGUCCCAGUGGGACAGCUGUGAUAGUGAGGAUCCGUGCACAGACAAUCCUGCAGAAGGCUCAGAAGAAUGUAAGGGUGCCAAAAAAUCAAGAGUAAAGCUAAAGCAGGAUGAGAAUGAGGCGGAUGCUGCCUAUCCUGAACCCAGACUGCCCUACCCCUGUUUGUCGACCCUGUCCAGCAAAGAGCAAAAGAUGUAUCUUGAUAUUUUGAUGAGUAAAAACAGAAACCAUCCCUCACAGAGUUUAAAGGUGCGAGUAGACAGUGAAGUGAUGCAGUUCAUGAGGUACCUGCAAGAUGUGGCCAGAAUAUGCGCUGACGACUACAACUUCAUAUCACAGGGAGCUAUGCAAUAUUCAGAGGAUUUCUUCAGGAGCUGUUUGGGGUGCAUUCAGACACUUCCGCAGCUCUACCAGAUCCAUGAGAUGACUAGUUUGACAGGGGGAACAUUCGACACAGGACUGACUUUGACCUUUGAGAAACAGCUUCUAAUCAUGGGCAAUGUGGAUAUUACAGACCACAAGAUAGUGCCUGCUGACGCACAGCUUGCAUCGGAUUAUCAGAGUGUUUCAUCAGAGAAUCCUCCAGCUAAAAAAGCUAAGGACAUGCACGCUACAAUCAGCAGUGACGGUAAUGCAGAGAAGCUGUGCGCUCGUUAUGAGCCUCACGUGUGUCUGACUCGAGAUGCUCUGUUCAGGCUGCUGAACAACCACGGCCCUGACUUUGCAGAGCAAUGGGAAGUGCCUGUCUGGGUCAAAGCAAGGCCAGGAAAAGGCAGUGGUCAGAAGAAGACUGUUUAUAUUGAUUCACCUCUGCUGAAGACUGAGAUGACAGUGAGAGAGAGGAGCCACAUCUACCAUGAGGAGAGUUUGAAGCUUUCCAUCAAGAAGAAUGGAAGUAAAAAUGUGUUCCAUGUAAUGACAGAGCUUCCUGCCAAUGAGAAGCGAAUCUCACCGGAGAGCUCUCAAAGAAACGUUGUUUCUUUUGAAGACACCAGUUUUGACUUUGAGGUGGACCUCACUGACCUCGAGACAUUUGGUGAGACAGCGGCCAUUAAAACCCCCAAGACGCAGAAGCUCCAGGAGAAGCAGGCUGAAUGUGUUGAAAGUAAAAAAGAAAAAAGUUCCCCACGUUUAAGAAACACUAAAAGCUGUUCACAAGAAGAGACAGCCACCUCAGUGGCAGAUUUGGAUGAGCCCAUGACAGAGGAGACAACACAGCCGGUUCAGAGUGAGACCAUUGUGCAAAAAACAGAACAAAGGAGACAGGACUCUGCUCAGGAAAGUGAAGAAGACGUUGCUGUUACAGGAGACUCAGAUGACGAGAAGCUGGUCAUUGAUGACUCUUUGUCUCCAGCUGUAACACCUAAACGACCUACAACCAGAUCGUGCUCUGCAAACUCCUCACUUUCCCCUGUUACUGAAUCUGUGCCUGUAACUUCAGAGUCAUUGUCCCCUCAAAAUGUUGCCAGGAUGAGGCGACAAAGCAAAAAAGCAAAGGUGUCUGGAGACCAGCUGAGUGAGAUCCUGCGCAUGCAGACAGCCAUGUUCAAUCCUGCCAGUGACACAGCCAAAUCCUCAACCAUAUCUGAGGAGAGCACCUCAUCCACCCAGUGUACGGGACCCUCGGUUCAAUCCCACUCAAUUUCCCUGGUUAAGCCCUGUGUGUCCUCAUACUUGGAGAGAAACCACAACCAGGAUGGGAAGACCUGUGCUGCUCCUCUCGAAUCUGCAGCAGUGGCCAAGACUUCUCCAGAGCACAAAAAAAUACUGUCACAAGAUCUGCAGGCUGGUACAGAAGAUGAACAAGAUUACGAGGCUCCAGAGGAAGGCAACCUGCUCUACAAGCUCUAUAGUCUGCAAGAUUUGCUGCUCAUGGUGCGCAGCUCUGUGUCACUGACCCAUAGCAGAAAAGUAGCCAGCAGCAGCCAAAACCAGUUUGUGCCAGUGCACGUCUUACCCAAACUGGAGUACCAACUGAGUUAUGGCGUUGAGUGUCUAAGCAGCAGCGAGGCUUGCCAGCUGUGGACUGAGACAUUGCUCCACUCCAGCACUGUAUCAUACACAGCUCACAUCAAUGCGCACACAUCAAAAGUAGCUCUGCUGAGAAAGCUGCCUGACGACUGGAGACAGAACAUCUCCUGUGAGUUCAAGCCGUCCAAGUCACUGAAUAUACUGCACCACCUACUGAAAAAGCUGACUGGGUUAGAGGAAGGACAGUACCUGAUUACGCACAAGGCAGCGGAACCAUUUGUGACCCUAUUAAAAGCAGCUAAUGGGAAAGGGAGUCGGGGGGCUUACAACCUGCAGCAGGUCCACAGCUCUGUCCCACGGCCCCCAGCUUCGGGCCUCGUGCCCUGGAUACCUGUUGAUCCAGAUGUGGUCCUGCCCUUCCACCAGAGACACGGCCGCGUCCCCUGCACCUUCCCACUAAAACCCUUCGCAAAGACGGCAACAGACGGGUCACCUCAGUCCAAAAACCAAAGAGCGGGGCCGCACAACAACAACAACGCAGGAGGCAAGAAGAAGAAGAAAAAGAAGAAAAAUAACCGUGCAGCUAAGCGUAACAAUUAUAUCAAGAAGCUGAUUCAGAAGUCCAUUUGAAAUCAUACGUCAAAGGAUUUGAUAUAAUGUCUUUCAUAUAAUUUCUUAUCAUAGAUUAGGUGAGUCAGAAGAGGAGCUGGAUCAGUACUGCAAAGGAAAGUGAAGGAAAGUGAAGCACUGAUAAAGUCUACGAUUCCACAAUGGAAAUAUAUUGUGACCUUAAAUAUGAAUGUUAAUGUUGAAGCACUUUUACAGUAUAGAAUCUAUACGUUUAUGGUUUUAUUUUGUUCAGAAACAUUUUUGUAUAUUUGUGUGUAAAUAAAUCAGCAAUAAACUUUGUUUAAAUAUCCA